AGGUCCUCAAUAUAUUGUGACUCUUUACUCCGAUUACGAUAACCGUUCAUGCAAUGAACGCACCACUAAGACUUUGUCGAUAAAAGUACAAUAACUGUUCACUUACACUACGGCGAUCAAGUUCAUGCUGGGAAGAAAGUGAAGUACCCGUGUAGAUAACCGACUCUCUUACUGUGUCACGUAUACCAACUUCAUUCACCUCCUGACCCGAGUCACCAUUGUGCUGGAAGAGAAAUGGUGAGGCUGAUGGUAGCGGUACUCACAGCCCUUGUUACCGCCAAAGGCUUGUUGACCACGGCUCAUGCGGAUUUUUCGAACGCGGUUGUCCUUCACCAGUCUGCGGAUCAAUUGAUGAGAGUUCAUGGGCUGAAAGAACGAUGGGGGCAGGUCGAGGUACGCAUGUCCUCGUCGGAUCCUACGUGGUAUCCGGUUUGCUACAGUGAGAGAUUGUUUUUUGGUGACAAGGAACAGAAGAUUGCCAACUGGAUUUGCCAGACUAGACUUGGGCUGACUGUAUCAUACGCUGAGGCAGAGUAUGGUCAGCCUCUGUCCCCAGACACACCAUCUGUGAAUGCGGAAUGUCCAUAUCACAGAACCUGUACUUUUAGCCUCGGGUCAGAGUGCACAACGAACACAACUCUGUUUAUCUAUUGCCCAGCUUCAGAAUCACGUGACUUAAGUUUACGCCUGACAGGAGGGCCGGACGAGAGACGUGGGAGACUGGAGAUGCUGAGGAACGGAGAAUGGGGGACAAUCUGCGGGGAAACUUUUAGUUUAUUGAAUGCCAAAGUUGUAUGCAGGCAAAUGGGAUUUAACGAAUCACUGGCACACUUUUAUUAUCUUGACGGAAUGGCUACCGGAAACACAUCUCUUAAACGGGUCAGAUGCACAGGCAACGAGCAGCGUCUUAUUGAAUGUUUCCACAUGUUCCUAGGCUUCCGGGCGAAUUCGUGCAAAAAGGCCGCUGGUGUGGAGUGUAGACGAAGUGAUGAUUAUUCUCCGAGACUUGCUCAUACAAAGAAUCUUACUAUGUUGAACGGCCGUCUAGAUGUGAAGAUUGGCGGACAGUGGAAAGCUUUGUGUGGAACGAUGGCUGAGGAGACAAUCCGGGUGGCGUGUCGGGAAAUGGGACUGCCUAGCUCUUUCGUCUUAAAGUUGCCCACAUCCAUCAAGUAUCCAUCAGAGAAUAUUCCCAUUACCACGGUGGAUUUCAGCUGUUGGCGAUCGCCGAGUAACCUUUCACAGUGUCGGGUAUAUCCUGGAUAUGGGGACUGUAAUGAGACAUUUGGAAUUAUGUGCUCAGAUGAUCCACGCUAUGAUGUGCGCCUCGUGGGAGGUGACAAUAGUAGAGGUCGUCUGGAGGUCAAAAUCGGUGGCAUCUGGGGCACGGUGUGCAAUAACACAUUUACUGACAGGAGCGCCAAAGUUGCUUGCAGAACAUUAGGUUUUAACAACUCAGUACCUCUUGUCUGGCCCAAUAAGGGUUUUGGACAGGCAGACUUGGAGCAGCCGAUAUGGCUUAAUACCGUACGAUGUGAUGGGUCGGAAACCUCGUUAAGAGAGUGUCACCAAAGUACAGAGCACAAAACCCAGUGUUCGCAUGAAACAGAUGUUGUUAUCUCUUGUAAAAGUCUAGAGGAGCUUGACAUGCCGAUACGUUUGGUGGAUGGACCAGACAUUACCGCUGGGCGACUGGAGAUUUUUUUAAAUGGUCAGUGGGGAACAGUGUGCAAGUACUUCUUUAGGGACAUAUCUGGUCAAGUGGCCUGCCGACAAAUGGGCCUGCCGUAUAAAGACGCCAUAAUAACUAGGCAUGUACCAAUAAGUGAUCCAGCAACGGGUCCUAUUUGGUUGGGUGACUUACAAUGUGGAGGUGAAGAGUCACACAUUAUUCAGUGCUCUCACGGGCCUAUCGGCACAACAGCUUGUAGCCACGCAGAUGAUGUUGAUUUGAAAUGUGAAAAUAGAAACAAAUAUAUUGGCAAUCCUUAUACGACGGAGAAACCUAAAUCUGACAGAGUACUUAUUGGAGAUGGAAUUGUGUCUGCAGUCAUGAUCAUACUCCUGAUAGUAGCAGGAUGCUGCGCGAAAAAGAAAUACGACAAACGGGCUAACUCUGCCGGCGGCGAACACUCCAGUGAAGCUAUUGCACUCCAGUAUACACCAGGAACCGCCAAUUCCUCACCCGCAGCACCAGGCGAAGGCCGGGCAUCUGUUUGCCUUGGGGAAGAACAGCGGACAUCUGUAUGCCUUGGGGAAGAACAGCGGGCAUCUGUUUGCCUUGGGGAAGAACAGCGGGCAUCUGUAUGCCUUGGGGAAGAACAGCGGGCAUCUGUUUGCCUUGGGGAAGCACAGCGGGGAAUUGUAUGCCUUGGGGAAGAACAGCGGGCAUCUGUUUGCCUUGGGGAAGAACAGCGGGCAUCUGUUUGCCUUGGGAAGAACAGCGGGCAUCUGUUUGCCUUGGGGAAGAACAGCGGGCAUCUGUAUGCCUUGGGGAAGAACAGCGGGCAUCUGUUUGCCUUGGGGAAGCAUAGCGGGCAUCUGUUUGCCUUGGGGAAGCAUAGCGGGCAUCUGUUUGCCUUGGGGAAGCAAAGCGGGCAUCUGUUUGCCUUGGGGAAGCAUAGCGGGCAUCUGUAUGCCUUGGGGAAGAACAGCGGGCAUCUGUUUGCCUUGGGGAAGAACAGCGGGCAUCUGUAUGCCUUGGGGAAGAACAGCGGGCAUCAGUUUGCCUUGGGGAAGAACAGCGGGCAUCUGUUUGCCUUGGUGAAGCACAGCGGGCAUCUGUUUGCCUUGGGGAAGCAUAGCGGGCAUCUGUUUGCCUUGGGGAAGCAUAGCGGGCAUCUGUUUGCCUUGGGGAAGCACAGCGGGGAAUUAUAUGCCUUGGGGAAGCAAUGUGGGCAGCUUGAUCUGCACAUAGCUGCACCUAUGAUCGCUACUCUGACGCCUGGUGACCAAAUUACAGCCUUGCCAAACACCAGUGAUGCCCCGCCCUCAUACUCAGACCUGUUUGAGAAAGACGGGGUUUCCAAAACUACAUCUACCCCUUCAGACCCAAAGACAGAGGCGCAUAUAACUUAG